UCAUGUGAUGUUGUUGAACACAGAAGCCACAGCCAGAGAGAAACUGUGAGGAUCAGUGUGGAAUAAAAGGUAUCCAAAGACAUGUUCACAGUCCAGAUUGCCAGUCUUAUUUUAAUUUACAGGUUGGCCAAACUAAGACACUUUCGAGGAGCUUGAUUUUCGUGACUAUUUUUGCUUUCGAUCUCCUCCAACUCUUGGCUAACUAUGUGAGCUCAUGCUAGCUCGAUAGUACCAACAAUCGCCCAGGCUGAAGCUAGGGCGCAGCAGUAGCGGAGCCGCUGAGCCGACGAUCACUUCCGACAGCUCCGUAUGGAUUUGACGUCGGCAUACAUUGUUGCUUGAUGUGUUACAAAGGGUCGAUUACCAACGAUUUCGAAGAUGGGGGAACCUGGUGACCUUAAGCACUUCGUAAAGUGUGACGUCACUUUGGAGGGCUCAUUUCUCUGAUUUGGAUUAUUCUUGGCCAGCAGCUUCUUCAGGCCUACUAUCCUAGACGAGUUUCUCAAUGGACACUCUGCUCAGAGAAGAGGGGAGUGGUGCCUCGGUCAAGGUUGAAGGCCUAUCCAAGGCAGCCCUAAUCAAAAGUCUGUCUCCCAGAGUGAUGCUGUCCAACCAUUUCUUGCCGAAAGGGACCAAGACGAAGGUCAACCUGGAGGAUCAGGGUCGUCAGAAGGUGUCCUUCAGCUUCUCGCAGACCAAGAAGCCACUGCAAAGCCUGUUCUUCAUCCCUGCCAGCCCUGACAAAUCUAUUGCUGAACCUCAGGCUGCCUUGUCACAGUCAACCUCAGACAAAGUAGGGCAGAGUACAGACAGCAAGAAUGAACAAAAGCAGACACCCGUGGUGCCAACAUCAAUAGCAGAGACACCUUCUCAAACACCAGUCUCCUCAGCCACUAAACUGAAACCGGACUUAGCAAAGAUGCAUUUCAAGAAGCAAAUUCUCAAUGUCUCUGUGACUGAAGAGAAUACAACAUCUGUUAUGCCAGAGGAGCAGCACUCCUCUGAAUUGCAGGUUUUGCAGAUGUCAACAAGUAAGAGUGCAACUGAAUUCCCAACACCCCAGCCUCAGAAUGUCGCCAGUGUCUGCCCGUCUGAGAAUGCUCACAUCGAAGGCUCUGAGACAAGGGUACCCACCAGCCUCAAGAAGCCCACUGUUUUCUCAGGAAAAGAUGGAGAGACUUCCAGCAGUACUGAGCAGGAUAAUAAGGUGUACAAAAGGAAAACCAGGUCCCAGUCUGAUAGUGCUCCCCCUGGCUCAGAAUCUGAUGGAGAUUCAGUCCAGAUGUCCUCCGGUCGCAAAUCAAUUGACUCCAAAAGUAAAACAAACUCUGACAGCAGAAGCAAAGAGGGGAAAAAGUCUUCCUCUGGUUCACAUGUGGAAGAAAAGGAAAAAAGUUCCUGUAAGCGGUCAGAAAAUCAUGAAAGGUCUUCUAGUUACUCCAAAUCAGACCGCGAUUCUAGACACACAUCGUCACGUUCGGCUCGAUCAGACAAAGAUCGCAGAAGGUCCAGGUCUAGAUCACGGUCUCGAUCAAGAGGGUCUCGAACAAGUUCAUCUCACUCCAGAUCAGAGAGGUCCAGAGGUGACAGGGGAUCUCGCUCUGAAAGGUCAUACUAUCAUGACUCUGACCGGAGAUCACACAGGACUUCUCCACGCAGAGAGAGAAGAUGUUCUCGUUCUCGCACUGACAGAACUCGAGACAGUUCUGACUCCGAGGAUGACCACAGGAAGACAAGGACAAGGACAAGUGACUCAAGUAGAUUAUCUGUACAUUCAAGCUCACAUAAAGAGUCAAAAUCAUUGUCUUACUCAAAAUCUGAGAAAGUCUCUAAAUCUGUAGAUUCUCCUCUAUCGUCAGAGUUAGAUAAAAGAACGCAAUCAUCAAAGUCUGAAAGGUCCUCAAAGCGAAUAUCAGACUCUGAUUCGCAGCACAAGUGCUCUCCUGAUCUUGACUCCAGUUACCGUAAAUCUAGCACCCAUCACAAGUCAGAGACCAACAGCAAAUCCUCUUCUUCAAGUAUACAUACCCACUCUCAAACAUAUGAAAAAUGCCAAAAAAGCAGCUCCAGUGACUCUGAGGCAGAUCAUAAGGGAAAAUCACAGGGCUCUGACAAAAUCUCUGUUUCAGAGGAGAAGAGUAAAAGCUCGCUAAAGAAAACCAGUAGGCCAGACUUGAAACAAAUGACCCCUCCUAGAUCUUCUAUGAAAACCACUGGACAUGAUAGACAAUCAGAGGACACGUUCCACAGCUCCAGCAAAGCAGCAUCAUGUGCAACCCCCACAGAAAUAUGUUCUCAGAGUGAAAAUGAAAAAUCAGAUUCCCAUCAAGAUGGAAAUGAACAUAGUAAUCGGGAUGUUAAGGACAUGGUUUCAUGUAUUGAAAAGGGUUUGCAAGAAUCAUCAUCCAAAAGAGCAAAAGAAACUAAAUCAGGUCUUGAAGUUGAGAAUAAAAAUACUUCAGCUAUAACCUCAAUUGAUAGCAUAGCGCAUGUUGAUGCUGCCCUGGAAAACUUGACCAAUAUGAAGGAUAGCCCUUCUUCUAAUAAUCGACCACAUGUGAACUCAAAUGCAGCUGUCUUAAUUUUAUGCAGUAGUAAUGACAGUAUAGUAUGCAGCCAGGACAAGAAAGUCGUUGACUGUUCACCAGGGCCAAAAUCCUUACCUGAUACAGUGGAUAUACCUGUCACACAUGAUGUCCAGCAGAACACUAAACCAGAGAUUGGAGAGCUGAUUAAAGUUGAUAAGCAGUAUGACACAAGUGUGCUGCUCAAAUUGGAGUCCUCAUGUCUUGAAUCUGAGAACCAGCUGUCAUGUGGACAGCAAAGUAUGGAUACUGUUAAAAAGAGCAGCGGUACUACCAAAAAGUCCCGGUGGGAUAUUGUUGGGCAGGACACCUCAGAGAGUGAUAAUUCACAGAGGACACUUGGUGCUGAGAGUAAACCUACCAUUAAAAAAGUGAUCUCUGUCAAAAAAAUAGAGUUUUCUAAAGACAAUAGCCAACAAGACUCUGAAAGUAUAGAUAAUAUUCAACAAGAAGCUGAAACACAUUCCACACUGGUAAAGCAGACUGAGAUCUCUAAGCAGGAGGUCGGCUCAGACAGCACAUCCAUAACCAAUAAAUACAAAGACCAAAGUGAGUCUCCACAAGCAAGCACCAGCAUUGACCACUGUGACUUAAAACUGACUGUUUCUCAGAAAACAAACUCCAAUGAGCUUCUGCACAUAAAAGAUACAUCACCGGUUAAUACAGCUGCAAAGAUUAAGAGCUGGAAUGGAAAUGAUCGUGAUGAAAAAUCAAAGGACCGUGAUCACAAAAGCAAAUUGAGUAAGAGAACAUCACUUCAUCAGGAUGCAUUAGGAGGACAGAGUGAGGCCAGUGAUAGUGACAAUUCAGAAUAUGACUCAGAUUGUGGCGAAGCUAUAAAACGAUUACACUCUGUGGUGGUGGUGCCAAAGAAUUCUUCCAUAACAAUGGAUACACAGGACACAGGAGCUUCCUGCAGUCCUAUGAAUAUUUCAGAACUGCAUGAUGCUAAUAUAGCAGCUGACGUGAAUACCCCUGAAGUACUAAAUCAAGUAAGCUCGCAACAAAGACAGGGAAGUCCUUCCACUGCAUUUGGGGAGACCAGUGGUCAGUGUGUUGGUGUAAAUGACUCAUCCAAUAACAGUAUGUUGUGUCAGUCCCAGAGCAAUAUGAUUGAUAGCACCAGUCACUCCGAGGGUUCCAGCGCCAUCAGUGGCCUGCCUUACAUGGCUGGUCAUAUCAGUGCCCAUGGAAGUCUCACAGAUCCUCCUCACAGCCUUGAUAAUUCCAGACAGUGUGAACAAGGGCACAAACAGCAUACCAUAAGCAGCAGAGGUGAACGGAUGUACUCUCAUUACCAACAUGGUGAUUUCUCAAAUGCUGAUAAUAUCAACGACAAGAAUGGAUUUGUCCUGGGUUGGGAUUUUUCGCAACCAGAGCAGCCAAGUAGUACAUACCAGCAGCCUGAUAGCAGUCAUGGGCCACAGUUACCAAACACUAAACUGACAGGAACCUCUCCCAAGGGACAGGAGCACAGGCAGAGUAAUGCCUCCUGGAAUCAUCAAUCCCCAAACAUGCAGACUAGCAGAAAACUCUACCUCCAUGCACAUGAACAUUAUCAGGAUUCUGCAGGUGAAAUCCAUCCUGAUUCUCUAACUAGUGAUCAUGAUGACUACAGUGGGGAUAAACCCUCAAAUCUUAGUAAAACAGCUGUUGAAUGGAGUGGACCUAACACUGCAGGGUCAUCAAGCUUUGUUCAAGGUCAUGAAAUAAGCAGCAACAGCAGGGGCUCUGUUGUGCCUGACCCCCCUAGAGAAGACAAUUUUAGACCCCACAGAGGCAGGGGCCCUCCCAAGAAAAGGCGUCCAGAGAUUGAAUCAGAUUCAGACAAUGAGGCAGAGGCUGGGCCUGCAGGCAAAAGGGAGCGUCAAGGAGAUACCGACAUUUCUAAGGAAACUCUUGUCAAAUUUGAGGUGCAACGUCCAUCACUCACUCUGCAGGACUUUCAAGACGGCAAUAAAUGGAAAGAGUUGUCAAAGUCUAAAAAGAUGCCCCCUUACUUUGACUUGAUUGAGGAGAACCUGUACUUGACUGAGAGAAAAAAGAGCAAAUCACACCGAGAUAUCAAGAGGAUGCAGUGUGAGUGCCCAGUGCUGCCCAGAGAUGAGCGCUCAAGGGGAGUAUUAGCAUGUGGGGAAGACUGUUUAAACCGGCUGCUGAUGAUUGAGUGCUCAUCGCGGUGCUUAAAUGGAGUCUACUGCUCUAAUCGACGGUUUCAGAUGAAACAACAUGCAGACUUUGAGGUUAUCCUCACAGAAGACAAAGGCUGGGGACUACGGGCAGCUACAAAUUUGGCUCCAAACACCUUUGUACUGGAAUACUGUGGGGAGGUGCUGGACCACAAGGAGUUCAAAACAAGAGUGAAAGAAUAUGCUCGCAAUAAGAAUAUCCAUUACUACUUCAUGUCUCUAAAAAAUAAUGAGAUCAUUGAUGCAACGCUGAAGGGUAAUUGCUCUCGGUUUAUGAACCAUAGCUGCGAGCCCAACUGUGAGACCCAAAAGUGGACUGUUAAUGGCCAGCUUAGAGUUGGGUUCUUCACCACCAAGGCUGUCAAUGCAGGAACUGAACUGACAUUUGAUUACCAGUUCCAGAGAUACGGCAAAGAAGCACAGAAAUGCUUCUGUGGUGCACCUAGCUGCAGGGGCUUCCUAGGUGGAGAGAACAGAGUUAGUGUUCGAGCAGCUGGAGGGAAGAUGAAGAAAGACCGCAGUCGAAAGAGCGCUCUCACCACGGUUGAUGAGGAACUGGAGGCGUUACUGGAGAAUGGAGAAGGCCUGUAUGAUGAGAAGCAGGUGGUGUCUCUCUGCAGACUAAUGGUCCGAGUGGAAACCAUGGAGCAGAAACUCAUCUGUCUCAAGCUCAUACAGGAUACUCAAAAUCCAUCAUGCCUGAAGCAGUUCCUCGACCAUCAUGGAUUGUCUUUGCUGUGGAUCUUCAUGGUGGAGCUUUCUGAAGCUAAAGGCAACAGUGCAAAUAACAUCAAACUGCAGUUAGAGAUUAUGAAGACCCUGACUGUGCUUCCCAUCUCAACUAAGAACAUGUUGGAGGAGAGCAGAGUCCUGACCUUCAUUCAGCGAUGGGCCCAAACAAAAACUCUCCCUCACCCUGCUGAGAUGGAUGGCUACUCCAGUGAGAACACCUCCCGUGCUCAAACACCACUCAACACUCCUGAUGGCUCUUCAACCAAACUGGGGCCAGAAUUGGAUGGUGAUACCUCCAAACCUGCUGUGUACCGCCGCCUUAAAAUCAUCAGUGAAAACAGUCUGGACAGUGCCCUCUCUGAUGCGAGCAAAGCAUCCGAUGGGAAGGAGGAGGAGGAGGAGGAGGAAGAUGAAGAAGAAGAUGAAUCUUCACAAGCUGGACUUUCUGAUGGCAAACAGUUGAAGGCUGACCCAGUGUGUGAAGCUGCAGAUCCAACGAAAGAUACAAUGGAAGAGUCAGAGAAAGAGGUCAAAGAUGAGAAACAGGAAGAGGCAGAGAUGGGUUCAAGCAGUCACCACCAGCCUCAAACUGAGGAGGUGAAAGACAAAAUGGAGUUGGAUUUGGAGAAGAAGGACAUAGAAAUGAAAGAAGACAAAAGUGAGGGUCUGAAGGAUGAACUUGAGGAGUCAAAGGAGACUAGUGAGGAACAGGAGAGUGGGGACGAGCAGACCGGUGUGGCAGUGACAGAAAAGGCUGAACUGGAAAGUGACCAGCCUGCUGUAAAAGUUGUUGAGCCAGAGAGUCUGUCCAUCCAAACAGAUGUUGCUGAUCUUCCACCUGAGCAGCCUUUAGAGCAGAUGGAAGCCCAGGAAGAGACAGAAGAGGCUGAGAAAGCUCUUCUUGCCAGUGAGGCACAACCUAAUGAAUCUACCACUGAUGCUCCCCCAAGCUCUGAGAUCCCAGAAGCCAGUAUGCCGUCUGAGGUCACAGCAACCCUCGUGGACCCAUCAGUGAUAGGAACUCCUUCUCAGGAUGAAGAGGAAGGUGUCUCAGAUGUGGAGAGUGAGAGGAGUCAGGAGCCCCAGCUCACUGCUUUGGACAUAAGUGGCAUGGCUGCCAGGCUUCUGGAAAGCUGGAAGGAUCUAAAGGAGGUGUACAGAAUACCAAAGAAGAGUCAGGUGGAAAAGGAAGCAAAUGAUCGCAGCCGAGAUCGAGACACAGCUUUGACACCACGAACAACUUCUGGUAGCCGAGAACGUGAAAGGGAGCGAGAGAAGGAGAGGGAACGAGACAGAGACAGAGAUUAUGACAGAGACAGAGAUCGAGACUGGGAAAGGGAAAGGGAAAGGGACAGGGAGAGGGACAGAGACAGAGACAGAGACAGAGAUCGUGAUCGGGACCGUGAUCGAGUCUCUGACAAAACUCCCCGCAGCACUGAGAGACGGAGGAGACGCUCUGCGUCUCCACCACCCUCAUCCUACGAAAGGAGUAGUCGACGCACUGAGGAACGGUUUGAUCCAUCUAACAGCAACAAGACACCAAGGGGUGUCGGUGGCAAGGAGCGCAACAAGCUGUCCACAGAGGAACGCAGAAAGCUGUUUGAGCAGGAGGUUGCUCAGAGGGAAGCCCAGAAACAACAACAGCUUCAACAGCAGCAGCUUCAAACUAUGGCUUAUGACCCUGCUCUGGCCUAUGCCUCCAGCCCUGGCUUUAUUACCUACCCCCCUGGAUAUCCCAUCCAGACCUUUGUGGAUCCCUCCAACCCCAAUGCAGGCAAAGUACUGCUCCCGACCCCUUCAGUUGAACCCACCCUGAACUAUGAACAGACUCCUCCUCAGCGUCUUAUCUCAGACCUGGGACUGCCCUCUCCAUCUUCCACUUCCCAAGCCACUCCAGUCUCGAAUCUCUCUCAGCACAUCACCACCACCAACCUCGCCACCAACCCCCAGCAGUAUGCCCAGCCAACUGUAGCAACCCAGGAUGCAGGUGUAGCUGUCCUCUCUGUACCAGCCCAAACGGCCCCUCAGGUACAGAACCAACAGAGCUACACCACCCUCUGGGACCCCACCACUCAGCAGGCAGUGACUGUGCAGACCCAGCCAGCUCAGCAGUAUGCCACAGCUCCAGCACAGGCCCAGACACAGACAGCCAUCUAUUACCAGGGCCAGCCAUGCCAAACCAUCUACAGUAUCCCCACCGCCUACCCUCAGGCUAACACUCCAGUCAUACAGGCGUACACUGAACCCACAGCCAGCUACCUGCAUGGCCAGCCAGUAUAUCCUGGCCAUCAACAGGGAGUGGUGGUACAGCAGGGAGGCACAGUCACCACCAUUGUAACAUCCCAAACUUUGCAACAGGAAAUGAUUGUACCCAACAAUGUGAUAGACCUGCCUCCUCCCUCUCCCCCCAAACCCAAAACUAUUGUCCUACCACCCAACUGGAAAGUGGCUCGGGACCCUGAAGGCAAGAUCUACUACUACCAUGUUGUCACAAGGCAAACACAGUGGGACCCUCCAACCUGGGAAGGAAGUAGUGACAACGCUAGUGUGGACCAUGAAUCUGAGAUGGACCUGGGAACACCCACCUAUGACGAGAAUCCUUCCAAGUUCUCCACAAAGACCGCUGAAGCUGACACUUCGAGCGAACUGGCUAAGAAGAGUAAAGAGACGUUUCGCAAAGAGAUGUCCCAGUUCAUAGUGCAGUGUUUAAAUCCUUAUCGGAAGCCAGACUGCAAAUUGGGACGCAUCAGCAACACAGAAGACUUCAAACACCUGGCUAGAAAGCUAACUCACGGAGUCAUGAAUAAGGAGCUGAAAGCAUGCAAGAAUCCUGAGGACCUUGAGUGUAACGAGAAUGUGAAGCACAAGACCAAGGAGUACAUUAAGAAGUACAUGCAGAGAUUUGGCUCAGUGUACAGGCCCAAGGAAGACACAGAGGUGUACUAGCCUCAGAGGCCACAGAUGUUACACUUUCUCUGCGUUACCACAGGAGACGCAUAGAUUUGCCUUUCCAUUCACUCCUUCAUAUAUGAAGUGGCCAGCUUGAACCGUGAAGGAGUUUCUUAACUGAUAUUUAUGACUAAGAAUUGCACUGCUGCCAAGGGAGCUCUCCAAGCCCCGUGGAUCAUGGAGGAGCCCCAUUCUAGAGACUUUCAGACACUCGAGUGCUGCUGAACGUCCUGAGACUCCAGGCGCAGUGUUCUCAAAGGAUAACACUGAGGGGUGCUACAGAUACUAAUGUUCUCACUGAACGUUUGAUUUUUAGCGUUUUUUUCCAUUUGUGGCUCUUAAAUGUUCCCGAGAUGAUCACCUCAGUUCCGCUUUUUAAUCUCUUCUAGCCCUGAAUGAGGCUUACUCAACGGAAUCACCUUCGGUAUCAUAUAUAUCAAAUUUCUUUGUUACUUUCUACUUUUAAAAAAAAUGGAUCAAUAACAGAACAGUCCAGUCCUUUUUUCCCCCGGCCUCCUUUUUCUUGUGCACGCUUCAACCCCCUGCCACUGACUUUGUAUCUGGUGCUGCUUUUAACUGGGCUGUGGAGGUCCAAGCUUCCACUCCUCAAACCCUGCCUUCUUAACCACAAGACUUUGGAGCCUCUGUUGUUUUACGAAUGCAUGAUGUAGGCUGAGGUAAGAGUGGUAUCCGUAUGGAAAUUCCUACAUUUUCCAUGUCUCCUGCUUCGAGUAAUAUGCCCUUACCGGGAUGAGCUUUUAAUCACAACACUUAGGGAUCAGCCAGUUACUAGCAGGUUGGCAAAGGGGUUAGAGAUUAAUGUUUCCACGUCUUUUAUCAAUUUAUGUAUAAUAACGGGGGCAGGGUUUGAAUGCUAUGUUUGAUGUGCUGUUUAGCUGUGUGUCAAUUUUUCCUCAUAUCCAACUCCUUUCCCAACUUGUUCUCCAUUUCCUCUUCUCACAGGAUUGAUCCUGGAAAAUGAAGUUUGUAACAUUGCAGUUUUAACAGUUUCUAAACAUCUUGUGUGUUCUGGUUCUUUUUAUCACACUUAGGCCUGCCUUGUUCCACAAACUGUCACACAUUCAUUUCCAAGUGUUUUUCAGUGGUCAAGGCAGUCUCAUUAGCAUUAGGUUACCGAUUUGAUGCAGCCUAUUAAAUUGCAUCAAACAAAGUUCCAACAUAUGUAAAUUGCUUUAUAUGUGAAUAUAUUGAAUAAUAGUUUUGGGAAUGUUUAAAUAAACUGAAACUUUGUAAAAGGACUAUCUUUCAUGAUUGAAAGUGUAAAUAAUGUGUAAAAUUACCAAAGCUGUACACAGGAGACAAGGGUCAGGGAGCACAGUGAGCCCACCCAUCCUCACCAGCUCAGCCCUCCUGAUGCAGUUACCACAUCAGUCUGUUAAACCUAGGACCCCACUGACUCACAGCCCUGUAUUUUAUUUCAGUGGUGGGGGAGAGUUAAUGUGUUUUCUUUCUUCUUUUUUUUUUUUUGUUAUUAUUUUUCUAUGUACAAAGUAAGUAAGAAAGUUUCACCCUACUCUACUGUAAGUAUUGUGUAAGCACAUUGGCAUACUGAGUGUACAAACAUUUUAAAAGAUAAU